AUGGCUGAUCCACAUAAACAGCUCCAGAUCCUCAGUGAUGAGUACCAGAAACUCGAAACAGAUCUCGGAUCGAAAAGCAAAUACAUGAUAUCCAAGAAAAGAAUUAUCCAACUACAAACGCAAGUGCAGCAGCAGCAGCAACAGCAACAAGUAGGCGCAGCUACCGCCUAA